AUGCAGUUACCUCUUGUCUAUUGCUCUUGGGUUUCUCCUCUUCCACCUAAUGUUGUUUGUCGUCUUCAUAAGUCUUUGUAUGGGCUUCGCCAAGCUUCUCGCCAAUGGUUUGCUAAGUUUUCAUCUACAUUAUUACAGCUUGGUUUUCAACAGUCCCAAUCUGAUAAUUCCUUGUUUGUGAAGUCUGAUGCUUCUUUUUUUACUGCUAUUUUGGUGUAUGUUGAUGACAUCAUAGUGGCAUCUAACAGUCUUUCUCAUGUUCAGACUCUUACUGCUGAAUUAAAUGAUACAUUUCGUCUUAAGAAUCUGGGCAAUUUAAAAUUUUUUCUUGGUAUAGAGGUAGCUCGAAGCACCAAGGGCAUCACCAUUUGUCAAAGACAGUAUGCUCUGCAAAUUCUCAAGGAUUCAGGUUAUUUGGGUUGUAAGCCUCGAAGCACCCCUAUGGAUGUUGGUCUUAAACUCACUUUAAAUUCUGGAGAAUUGAUCCCCGACCCUGCUAUCUAUCGAAGGCUGAUUGGUCGUCUCAUUUAUCUCACCAUUACUCGGCCUGAUCUUUCUUAUCCAGUGAAUCAUCUCAGCCAGUUUAUGGCUUCUCCUCGUCUCCCUCAUUUACAGGCUGCUUAUAGGUUGCUUGAUUGGGCAACCUGCCCUGAUAGUCGACGUUCGGUUACUGGUUACUGCAUUUUUAUUGGUGAUUCUUUGGUAUCAUGGAAGUCCAAGAAGCAACCGACUGUGUCUCGUUCUUCCACCGAGGCUGAGUAUCGUUCCAUGGCCAAUGUCUCGUUCUCCAGUGUUAGGCCUAGCUUGUGA